AUGCCUGGCACCUACAAGUUUCGCCGAAGCUACAAGGCUUGUCUUAACUGCAAGAUACGGAAAGUCAAAUGCGAUCUUGGCCCGCUAGACAAUCAGAACGAACCUCCUUGUGCGAAAUGUCGUAGAGAGAAGAAAGAGUGUGUCUUUCCGGAAUCAAGAAACAGAAAGAGACGAUCUGUGGUUGAAAAUCAAGACCAGGAAUACAACCAAGAACUGUAUCCUCAUGAAAAGUCUAGAAGGACCUCUCAAGAAGCAUCAGAAUCUCACAAAUAUACAUCAAGCAAUCUCGGACACCCUGGUCCAGUUUUUCCUCCUCCCUCCAACAUUAACAAUCUACUUAACAACUCAGAAAGAAAUCACUAUGAGAAUCAUCCACCACCCAUGUCUCAACGUUUAACUGUGCCAUCGGUAACCCAUAAUAGAAAGUUGAAAGACGAUUCCAACAGCUCCUCCACCUCUGAAUUAAAUAACUUGGAUUUCAAAACUUCUCAAGGUACAAUGGUUUUUCUAGCCUCUGCCGCUGGGGAGAUCGCUCGUGCUGAUGAAAGAGAUCACAUCGACGCCUUAAAACGUCAUCAGCAGCUGGAAACGUCGUUUUCACAGACUCAAAAUUUACAACAGGAUAUGCACGGGACCCGGGGCGAAUCAACUUCGAACCAGUCCGCUGAUGAAAGACACACAAUGCCACCAUUAGAGAGUUCGUCUAGCGUUAGACCUAAGCCUUCAAGUACAUUAGCAGACAUAGACUACAUUGGCCCAACAAAAGUCUUGACAGAGACCCAAGCUCGCCGCCUGAUCAGUUUAUUUUUUAACACUAUGCACCCAUUUUUUCCUCAUAUACCUUCUGAAAUGCAUAGCGCCGAUUGUUUGGCAGGAUAUCCUAUUCUUUUAUGUGCUAUCUUAACCAUAAGUGCGCGGUAUCACAAAUUAGACGAAAACGAUGAUGCUUCAUCGUCAAAUAAUAUUCAAGUUCAUGAGCAACUGUGGGUAUAUUGCCAGAGGCUUAUUUCACAAACAGUUUGGGCAGAGGCAUCGACUCGUUCUAUAGGCACUGUGUUCGCCUUCUUACUUUUUACGGAAUGGAACCCAAGGGCUAUACAUUGGCGCUGGUCUGAUUAUGCAAAUUCUGAUACCGGAGAGCUUGCCCCUCUAAAAGAGGUUGUCCUUGCUGCAGAAGAAGGUGGAAGUGUUACUGGACUUGAUGCGAUGCGGCGUAGCGAUAGAAUGGCAUGGAUGUUGAUAGGAUCUAGUGUUCGUUUGGCCCAGGACAUGGGUUUUGUAGAGCAUGAUUCGGGUGUCUUCCUGGCUACCCAUAUUGCCGAAAUAAACACAGCUAUGAACAUAAACAGAAGAUCAAUGCUGACUAGCUCGCUGCAUGAAAUUGAUAUUUUGGAUCACGACAGUCAAGAUCCUUCUUUCGAAAAUGAACCAUUGGACCUAGUUGUAAUCAAGGAAAAACAGAAAAGAAAUAUGGUAAACCCUGAUGAUGAUAGGCCUAAUUCACAGCCCGUCACCAACCAUUUAAAGUUUACAAAGAUGCAGAUGGCUAAGCUAGAGUUGUUGCAGAUUACGUCCAUUUGUUACGAGUCGCUAUACGGAAAAGACCCCAAGUUUAGUGGUCUGGAUAAGCAUCAAAAUCUAGCAUUAUUGGAUAUUCUGUCCCCUCUCUUGGAGAGUUGGUACCGAAGGUAUCACAGAUUAUUAGUACCUUCUAGUCCUUCCUAUCUGGCCCACAAUAACCCAAGAAAACAGUUCUUGAAUCAGUCUCCAGAAUUUUAUGCCGAAUUAGCCAUUUUGCUGGAUAGAGAGUCUCUGAUUUUUGAUUAUUACUAUGCAAAGUUAUACAUUUUUUCUUUGGCAUUGUCUCCUGAAAUCUCGAAGUCUAGUAUAUCAUCAAGGAAACAAAAGCAGAUGAAACUUGAUGACAUAGCUAAAUCCUCAAAGUACGUUGAAAUGGCUUUUAAUGCUGCCAAAGAAAUGCUAUCAGUUACACACCGAACCCAUAAGUUACGAAUCCUAAGGUUUAUGCCGGUUAGAUGGCUAACCAGGAUUGUUCGUGCCGUAGCUUUCGUGGUGAAAUGCUAUUUAACCUUAACUUCCCCAGUUCCCAUUGCUCCUAGAGAGUUCAACCCUAGUAACAUUUUGCACGAUGCAGUCAAUUCUUUCAAUGGAAGCAAGACAGAUGACACUAGUAGCAACUACCAAAGUGCAAUGUUUUCUGUUAUUCCACUGGAUGAGAUUAUUGCUGUCAUUCAAAGAGCUGCUAUUUCCUUGAGAGAAGCAUCACCGGAUGAGUUACAUCUCUGUACACGUUAUAGUACUAUUCUCAUGUACCUUUGCACCCAAAUGAAAGCCCGCAAUAAAAACAAUGGUAAAGUGAUAGACUAUGAGGCAGAAAUUCAAAACGCGUAUAAGGAUGCUGAGAAAGUUAGACAGAGUGGCCUUGAUAGCCCUGCCAAUGGCUUGUCUCCAUAUGCAAGCGAGAGAUCAUCGAAACAGAAAGAUCAUCACUACAACUUGACAGAGCCCAUAAAUUCUCCUUCGCAGGAGAAUACUUAUGAUGAUAACUUUUCACAAAUGAUGAACCCUUCCGAAACAGUAUUCAACUGGUUCUCUAAUAAUGACUUUGGUGUAGGAUUAGAAUUUGUGGAUGCAUGGACUCAAGAACUGGAACAAGACUAUCUUCAAAAAAUUUCAGAGAAUCCGGGCAAUUCGGCAGGCAAUAGUUAA